UGCGUGCGUACGGUGCGAACAGCACGGACUUGUCGGACCUGACGAUAACCGCGCUCUAUUAACUUGUUUCACGCGCCGAAUUCAUUAUUUCAAAUGUUCGGAAGUCGGAAAGUUUUUCAAUAAACUGACUGGCUUGCAGUUAACGAGCUCCUGUUGAAAUUAACCAUACAUUUGCCACAUAAAUAAAUUGAACCGUUCAAAACUACAACCUUCAAACAAAAUAUUGUGUCCGUUCUGAAAACUGUUGUUAAAAAUGGGAUAGAAACAUAAACCUCGGGUGUGAUUUUACCUGAAAUUACAAAAUAACUACAACGGAACUAAACAUGCAGAUGUUCCUGGAGUUUGUUUAAAGUUGAUCUGGAAAGAAACUUCGUUCUACAACGUGGUGAAAAGUUAGCACUCCAAGAACAAAACGACAAUCUGCAGAUUUGCAUCUGUUAUGCCGGAUUCUGACUUUGAGAAUAUAUCAGAUUGCGAGCAGAGGAAGAUACAAGUCGACUGAACCAGCGACACGCCCACGCAGUUUUAAUAAGCAGUUUUAGUGAAAUAUAGGAACAAAAACAUAAACACUUACAAUGAAUGAUACGGGCGAAUCCCUAUUAACCGACGGUUUGAUGGGAGAAGAAAACAGUUACAUUCCAUUUUCAAAACGCCCGGAGACGUAUAUCGUCCCCGUCAUUUUCUUCAUCUUCGUCAUUGGUGUGCUUGGGAACGGGACGCUGGUGUUGAUCUUCAUGCGACACCGCACCAUGCGCAACGUUCCGAACACCUACAUCUUAUCCUUGGCGCUGGCUGACCUACUGGUAAUUCUCACAAGCGUUCCAUUCACGUCGAUUAUAUACACUGUCGAGUCCUGGCCAUGGGGUGAAUUAAUCUGCAAGAUAUCCGAAACCGCAAAGGACAUCUCGGUCGGCGUGUCCGUGUUUACACUGACGGCGCUUUCAGCGAACCUUUUUGCCAUCGUAAAUCCACUAAAGAAGAUGCAUGCCUCAGGUGGCAACAAGACGGCAACACGAGUGACGAUUAUAAUCGCGGUGUUAAUUUGGAUCUUCGCUGGGAUCUGCGCAGUUCCAGCUGCCGUCGGUUCGCACCUUCUCACCAUGACCUGGACUCUCGCCAACAAAUCCCGAAAUUUCACGGUGUGCUAUCCAUACCCACAAGAAUGGCUAGACAACAAAUAUCCAAAAUACGUUAUGACCCGUUUCCUCAUCUUAUACGUGAUUCCACUCUGUAUUAUCACCGUAUUCUAUUGGUUGAUGGCAAACCAUCUUCUGGUGAGCACUAGGAAUGUUCCCGGGGAGACCCAGGGAACACAUCGGCAGAUUCGCGCACGGAGGAAGGUAGCAUUUACGGUGCUCAUCUUCGUCGUUAUUUUCGCGGUGUGCUUUCUUCCGUACUACGUCUUCAUGCUGGCGUUCUACUUCUACCCACACUUCGAUGAGGUCUACAACGUCUACUGGCAUUGCACGCGCAUUAUCGGCUUCUGUCUCUGCUUCAUCAACUCGUGUGUUAAUCCAAUCGCACUGUAUUGUGUUAGUGGCACCUUUCGAAAACACUUUAACCGAUAUCUGUUCUUCUACAUCAAGCGGGAACGCAAUCGCUGUUACACUUGCCCGGAUCAUCAUGCCACCACCAUGUCCAUUGUCUCUACGCGACGAAAUCAGUCAGUUUGUAAUCGCAUCAACACCAGAGGCAAUCAAGGCAGCUCCCACCGACGGAAUACGGAUGGCACCAACCGCGACUACAGCCGCGAGACGUCCAUCAUGCUCCUCGGCAAUGGCAAUGGUAAAGAAUUCGCAUGCAGUAAGAUGUAAUGCAAUUAUCACAGGGUUUGCACGUGUGGCCAAGAACUUAUCAAAAACAAAAAAAAAAUGUACUUAUGAACAAAAUUCAUUCUGGAGGAGCGGGAAAUCUAAAUGUUAAAUAUUUAACUAAAUUUUAUUUAGGCUAUAAGACAUUCUAAUAAUCACACACUUACCUACUGCUUAAUUUUGAAUUAUAUUCAAUGUCGUAUUCAAUGUGCAACUUCCGAUUAAACUCAAAUAUUCCUUUCAGUUUUCAUGAUGCAUAUUGAUUAAGAAUUACAAAAGAAUUAUUAAAUGGGAGAAAGUAAGACAUAAUUUAAGUAAUACGAACUAUGACUAAGGAAGUGUCAUGUUAGGAAGAUUCAUGCACGUGAUUUAGGUUUGAUACAUAUUAUGCAGAUGUCUAUUUGUCUAAAUGUAGAUUCACGGUUAAUUUGAUAAUGUGCGUACCCAUACUUGAUACCUACUUGAUGUGAUAUGAAAAUCAAUCUAUGUUUUUCACGUUCAUGCUUGUACCGGCGCACAUUGAAAAAUUUUAGUAGGCAUAGAAAUUUCGUAGAAUAGAAAUAGUUUAAUGUUUAAAAUUUAAAGUAUAGCAAGUUUAAUAUUACAUUAAUAAUUGAUAAAAGCAUUUAUUUUAUAUUAAUAAUUUAUUUUACUAUUUCUAGCGUCUUUACGCUACUUGUACAGUUGCUCAAAAGAAAGUAUUUAUUUUUCUCACAAAAACUAAAGAAGUUCUACUAAAUCCAUCCCUUGGACCACGCUCUAUUUAAUUUAGAACUGUUUGGAAAAUAUGUAUGUGAUAAGAUGUAUAAAUUGGCUAUGUAUUAAGAAACUAAUAAAUAUUUAACGUCA